AUGUCUGUUGCAUCCAAGAACCUCUUUGACCUCCUCGGAGAGGAGACUCCCGCAGCAAACGCUGACAAGAAACCCAGCAACCGUGAAAAGAAGGAAACUCCUUCCCCCAUGCCCCGUGAAUUGGUUGCUCCAAACAGUUCCUCUAAGAAACGUGAUCCUAAUCAGCCCAGUCCUCGUGAACGUACCGUUGCCAAGAAGGCCGAUCAACCUCGCAGACCUCGCCGUCAACCUCAAGGCAAUGAAGCUUUCAUCCGUGAAGGUAAAGAUGCUCGUUCCAACAACUUGUCCCACCCUGUAGAUUCCUCUGGUGCUCCUGCUGCUCGUCGUCCUCGUCGUGGCCGUGAGAACGACCGCCGUAGCCAAACUGGUGUCGUUGACACCACCAAGCAAGUGAAUCGCGGUUGGGGUGACGCCAUCCAAUCCGAAGAAACCGCUGAGGUUGCUGAAGAUGAGGGCAACACCCCCUCUGGUGCUAACACCCCUGUUCCCAACGAAGAGGACUCCAUCAAGACUCUUGAUGAAUUCCUUGCUAACCGCAAGUCUGCUGCCAAGCCUGUUGGUCGUAAGGUUGAGACCAUUGACAAUGCCAAGCCCCUCGAAAAGGGUGAGCCUGAAGACCUCUUCGCCUCUGUCAAGAAGAACAACGCUUCCAAGAAGGCUAACGCCGCCAAGGAGACCAAGCCCAAGAAGGUUGUUCUUGACAUCGAGCAAACUUUCACCACUCGUCCCGCUCGUGGUGGUGGUAGUGCCCGUGGUGGUCGUGGUGGCCCUCGCCGUGGCAACAACCCUGCCCCCAGAAACCAAGCUUCCGCUCAAGCUCAAGCUGCUGCUCCUCCUACCCUUUCUGAAACCGACUUCCCUGCUCUUGCUUAA